AUGGCGCAAUUGACACCCCAUCUCGGAGUAUUGAGCCUUCUCUUGGGCACAAAUAGCCGCUACGGUGUCAGAGGAGACGCACACAAGCUGAAAUUUUUCCGUUUCAUGUUGGUAGGAUCGCAGCCUUCUUUGUCAGUGGUCAUAUCGGCGGGUCAGGCGAAAGAUGGUGACACGAAAGUUCGAGAGUUGGCAGUGUUCCUUCGCGAAAUCGAGCCCGAACACAUUGACAAUGGAAUCCUCGUCAUCUCGAAUAACGAAAAUCGGGAGAAAAUCAGUGAAUUCCACAUCCGGGAUCGAAUCGCCGAGAAAACAGACCGUUCCGUCAGAAUUUUCACCGGCGUCAAAUUCGAGCAGACGAAAUGGAUCGCUGGCGAACAACCGAGCGGUAAUUUGACCCACUGUUGCGAGCUGCACGUCAACAAUGAUGUUCUGGCACGGGGUUGUCUCCGCGUUCAACCUCGUUGGAUGGAAGAGUUGCUCCCCCUGAUCGGUGGGACAGCCUUGAAGGACCUCGUCAUCCCCGGCACACAUCAAAGCGGCACUUUCAAACAUUUCACCAAAUUCAACUACUUAAAUCGAUACAGAGACUGCCAAGAAGAGGACGUUUUCACCCAACUUCUCUACGGGAUUCGCUUUCUGGAUCUGAGACCAGGAGCUGUCAGUCGAAAGUCCUCCCCUUACGACGGGUACGAAUAUUGGAUCUACCAUGACAGAUUCUACACUCAGAAUGCGCUGAAACCUAUUCUACAAGAUAUCGCAUCGUUUUUGGAAAUCUACCCUAAAGAGGUGGUGAUAGUCGCUUUCCACGAAUUCCCCAAGGGCUUCGAGAGCGACGCCGCCUAUCAGGGCUUAGAGAAGCUCGUCGAAGAAGUUCUCGGUGGGUAUUCGCGAUCCCUGGCACUUCGCAUUGAGGAGGAUCACUAUUCUGAUCGUUUACAUUCUUUCAAAAUCAUAAAUUAA